CCGGGCCUGCAGAUUCGUCUACACUGCGUGCUGCGGCCUGGGGCGGGGGCGCCGGUGAGACGCGCAGAGUCCGGGUUGCAGCUUCCCUGCGCGGUCACAGCGACGAGGGAGGUCUAGCUGAGCCGCAGCCUUCUGAGGCCUGCCGAGGCCAGGGCCUCCCUGGCCUGCGAGUUGCCCUGGACAGAGCCCCGGCCUAACCCGUGGAGGGGCUGCCAGGCUGAGAACUGCCUGCUCAGCUCAUGUGGGCCUCCCUGCCUGGGGACACUCCCAGGGCCACCUUCCCUUCCCGGCCCCCCAGCAGGGCUGCUCUUCUCUUCACCUUUAAAAAUAUUAUUUUAAGGCUUGAGGCAUUGGCUGCAUUUCAGACCCGGACCUGCCCAGCUCAAAGGAGGUGAGAUCCUCUGGCCAGGCCCUGACCAUCUUCCUGGGCCCCUGAGGCUUCAGACCCUGGCCAGGACUCUCCUUGGUAAGUUGCCUGCUGUGCCUUUGAGCCGCUGUGUGCAGGAUUACCUGGGAGAAAGGCCAGCAUUUCCCACUGCUGGAGCAAAGUCUCAGACCCCUGGGCCUCAGUCCCUCCUGCUGCAGCCCCCACAACAUGCAGCCCCAGGAGAGCGGCGUCCACUACAGCAGGUGGGAUGACAACAGCCGGGACGAGGUCAGCCUGGCGGCUGUGUCCAGCACAGAGGAGGCCUCAUGCUGCCAGAGGGUCUCCCGGAAGCUGUGCACAGGCAAGUUGGGGAUCGCCAUGAAGGUGCUGGGCGGAGUGGCCCUCUUCUGGGUCAUCUUCACCCUGGGCUAUGUCACUGGUUACUACGUGCACAAGUGCAAGUGAGCGCUGCCCAGCGCACACCCAGGGCUGCCCAUGUGCUUUGGGUGUGUGCUCAGAGGGACAUCCUGUAUACGCAGCCCCCUCCAUGUGCGGAAGACCCCAGGGGGCAGGCACAGCAUGUGGGGCACACACUAGCAUCCAGGCAGGUGAAGACACCAGUGUGCACAGUUGUCAUGGGCCCUACACGAGGGUGCACAGGCAAACAGACAUGGAUGUACAUACAUGCGCCUGCCUGCGCAUGACACACUCCCUUUGAAGGACCAAGAGACAAACACCCUGGCACAUGCAGCUAUCCAGAUGCCCAUGUGGCUGGGAGGCCUGGGCCCAGCCUCGGCAGGAGCUGCCGGACACACCCAAACCAGACCCUGCAGCCUAGGCCCCAAGGCCCCGGGCCUUACCCAGCAGCCCUCCUCCCCAGCUGAGGGCCCAGACCCUUCACUUGUCAGGGCUGGGGCGAAGGUGUCUUCUGCAGACAACCUGUGGGGCUGUGAGGCCCUAGGCAAUGCCAGUUCUGACAAGGGCUGUGCAUGCCCGGCCUACCCUUCCCCAGGAGACUGAGACCCAGCCCAGAAAUUUCCUGUGCGGAACAGGGAGAGGCUCCAGCCCUUGUCCCAGACCCUCCACCGUGUCCUCAGUCAAGGGGGCGUGGUCCUUCCUGGGCUGCCGACUGCACAGGGCAGGUCCGCUGGAGGCUUGCCAAGGCCGGCAAGGACCUUUUCACCCGUCCUCCCCCAGGACAGGGCCUGCCCGCGAAGGCGUCA